ACAUCUUCCGAUACCCAGUCUCGUAAGGAUACUCGACCUUGCAAGAGACACACACAUACGCGCACCCAACGUCAUGCCCUACCCUGUCUUGGCUGCCGACGCAGCCCGACCUGUUCGAGGUCCCUCCAUCCGGAGCCAGCAAGAGAGGAGGCUCAACGACUUCGUUGGUGGCCAGUUCGCCAACUACAAUCUUAGCUCUGUCCUCUUCGAAGAUCGCACCGAUGAUGAAGAGGUCAUCUCCAUGGGCAAGUGGAGUCCCGACAUCGGCGCAAAGCCCUCUUUCGACGUUGCCAAGAAGCAGAAGUAUGUGGAGUGCAAGAAGGGGGAUGCAUUUGGGCCUAGCUGGACCAACCACUGGGUGCGAGUCACCAUCAACGUACCAAAGGAGUGGCAGGACAAGGACUGGGUGGAGCUCGAGUUCGACCCACGAUGUGAGGCCCUGAUCUACAGUGAAGAUGGAGCAGCGCUGCAAGGCAUCACUGGUGGUGGAGACAAGCGUCGAGUCGACUUCCCAUUGAAGCCCAAGAUGCGCAAGGGUACCCUAACCCUAUACAUCGAGAUUACCUGCAAUGGGAUGUUCGGCCUUCCCAGCGACAGCACUGGCGACCCCGACCCCGACCGCUUCUUUGUCCUCGCCUCGGCAGACAUCGUUGUCAAGAGACCUGAAGCCUGGAAGCUCAUGUGGGACUGGGAAAUCCUUCGAGGCUGUGUCGAUGAGAUGCCAAAAGACGGUGUACUGCAGAACAAGGCGCUCUGGAUCUGUAAUGAGAUCAUGUCGACUUUCAGAAAGGGAGACCUCUCGUCCAUCGAUCGCUGCAGAAAAGUCGCCGAAGAGGUCCUAGGAGCAAACUGGGAAGACGAAGGCGCUUCUAUCUACAAGGACAGCGAAGGCGACCGAGCAGCACCUCAGCUCUGGAGUCUGGGACAUACCCACAUCGAUACUGCAUGGCUGUGGCCUUUCAGCGCUACUCAACAAAAGGUGGCUCGAAGCUGGUCCACUCAACUCGACCUCAUGGAUCGUUACCCAGAGUACAAGUUCACUGCUUCUACAGCUCAACAAUUCGCUUGGCUGGAGGAACUGUACCCUGAACUCUUCGAAAGGGUCAAGCAAAAGGUCAAGGAGGGUCGCUUCGUUCCCAUCGGUGGUACUUGGGUCGAAAACGACGCCAAUCUUCCUAGUGGUGAGGCGUUUGUCCGUCAGUUCCUCUACGGACAGAGAUUCUUUGAGUCUCGCUUCGGUAAGCGCUGCGACAUCUUCUGGCUUCCAGACUCCUUUGGCUACAAUGCCCAGAUCCCUCAGCUGGCUCGAGAGUCUGGCUGUGAUUACUGGUUCACGCAAAAGCUGAGCUGGAGCAACAUCAACAAGUUCCCACACAACACCUUCAUGUGGACUGGUCUUGAUGGUACGCAGAUCAUCACGCACAUGACUCCUGUAGACAACUACGAUUCGCAAUGCGGUGCAGACGAUAUCCGAAAAGGAUCUUGGAACAACAAGAAUCUCAAUGUUCAGCCUGCUGCCCUGCACCUGUACGGUUGGGGAGACGGCGGCGGUGGACCUACCGCACCAAAUCUAGAGAAGCUACGACGAGCCCGAGCUGUCUACAACAACGGCUAUACCGAGAUGCCAAAGGUAGUGGUCGGUCACAACGCUCGAGACUUUUACGACCACGUGCUCAAGACCACCAAGCAAGGGAACAGACUGCCUACCUGGCAGGGCGAAAUCUAUCUCGAGUUCCACAGAGCCGUCCAGACCUCUCAUGGGUCGAUCAAGCGAUGGAACAGAAAGCUGGAGAUCCUCUUGCACAACGUCGAAUGGGUUGCCACUCUUGCCAGUAUCAGCGAUGCCAGUGGCAAGUACAAGUACCCCAAGGAGAAGCUCGACGCGCUCUGGGAGCCCUUCUUGAAGUGCCAAUUCCACGAUGUUCUGCCUGGCAGUUCCAUUCGUCUAGUCUACGAUGACGCCGAGAAGAUAUACGCAGAUGUUGAUCGCAAGGCUCGAGCACUUCUUGAUGAUGCAGAGUCUGCUCUCAGCAGCAAAGCUCAGUCUACUGGAGUUAUCAACACGCUCGAUGUGCCCCGACGAGAGCUGGUUGAAGUGCCUCUAGCAGGUCGCGGAGGUAGCGAGGUCCAUUUACUGCAACAGACCGCUGUUCAGAUGUCUGUAGAUGGCUCAACGGCUGUACUGCUAGUCGAGGACGUCAACAAGACUGGUGUUAUCGCACCCAGCCGCUCAUCAGCACUCGUCAUGCGAGAUCUGGAGGCGGUCUCUCUCGUCGAGAGUGCCAAUGGCGACUUCGAUCUGAGCAACUUCAACCUUAGCAUCAAGGUGUCCAACGGUCGCAUCACCUCCAUCUACGAUCUCAUUGCGGGCCGCGAGAUCAUCGCUGACGGUCGCACCGCAGGCCUGGUCAUCUGCGAAGACUACCCUAACCAGUUCGACGCUUGGGACACCGACAUUUGGUCCCUUGACACGCUCGAGGAGAUUCGCUUCGAUCGUGUGCGCGUUCAGCAGCGUGGCCCCUGGAGGGCUACUCUGGCCUUGGAGGCUACUUUCGGCAAGAGCAAGGCUACCUUCUCACUCAGCCUCGAUGCUUUGCCCGCCACGGCUCAGACGGGCAGUGUCUCGCAGAAACGCAACGCUCGCUCUUACCUCAAUGUCCAGGCGCACGUCGAUUGGCACGAGAAGCACCGCUUCCUUCGCUUCGAAGUUCCCACUAGUCUCCAGACCGACACUGCCUCCUUCGAAACGCAAUUCGGCGUGACCAAGCGACCCACCACUCGGAACACUUCUUGGGAGGCUGCAAAGUUUGAGGUGUGCGGACACAAGUUCACCGAUCUCUCCGAGGCCAACUAUGGCUUUGCGAUUCUCAACGACUGCAAGUAUGGACAUUCAGCUGAAGGAGGCACGCUGAGGAUCUCCCUGCUCAAGGCGGCUACGUACCCUGAUGCGCACCAGGAUGAAGGAGAGCAUGUAUUCUCCUUUGCGCUGUACCCGCACGCAGGCACUUUGGCGGAGAGCGACGUCGUCGCUGCCGCUCGCAUCUACAACAACCCUGUCGAGGAGUCAAGCCUGCGCAAUGCCCUCGCCCUCGGCCUCUCCCCUGCAUCUCGCGUCAAGCCCUCGCCCUCGGCCAAACCUACGCCGACGAUGCCCUUCAGUGUCGAGCAGUCGGCCAAGGGCACCGUCGUGUUGGACACGAUGAAGCGCGGCGAGCAGGACUUUGACUAUUAUGGCAAGAAGGGAAGCAGUAGCACGACGGUCAUCCUGCGCAUGUACGAGUCGCUCGGAGCGGCUGCCUCUGUGGAGCUGAAGAUUGCAGAGGGAUUGAAGAUCCAGAAGGUCGUCGAGUGCACGAUUCUUGAAGAUGAGCUCCAGACGGAGAAGAGCGAGGGAAUCGAGGUGGAGGGAUUGAAGAGCUAUAUCGAUCCAAAGGAUGGAAGCACGGCAGUCUCGCUGCACUUUAGGGCCUUCCAGAUCAAGACGGUCAAGAUCUACUUGGCCUGAAGGGGAGAGGUGGUGGAAGGGACAAUGAGAAGUCGAAGAGAACUAGGUGACGAGAAGAGAAAGAGGAGCAAAGGCCAAGGUUACGGGCCGUACCUGUCUCCCCGAAAACGUGUAGCGAAGCAAUGACUGAGGGAGAGAUCAAUUGAAAGAAGCUUUUCAACAACUUGUUGCAUCUUCGGAAAGAGAGGUUACCACCCCACCUCUCUCCCCUCUCUACCUCUUGAAAUUCAUCCCCCAUCCUCCCCCCUGGCCUUCUCCCCUCUUCUCCAUUUUGAAAUUCUCCGUACUCAAUCCAAACCAACCCAAGAAUCUAUCUCCCACCUCUUUGAGUUUGCCCAACAUUUCCUCCUUUUCCCUCUCGCGCUCCUCCUCG